AAUUUGACACAUUGACGUCACGAGCAGCGGACAACAAAGUCACGUCAUUUUUCUCAUUCUUGUUCUUUAUAUUUCUGUGGUAAAACUUAAUAAAUUUUAGACGUAAAAUAGUGAAAAAUGGCAAGAAAUUUCCCUUUUGCGGGCAUUGUGGUUCUCUUUGCUAUUACACUAUCAAUUAAUCAGUGCUGCGGGAAAAGUGCUGUUGUGGAAUUAUCGGAAAAUAAUUGGGAUUUAAUGCUAAAGAAUGAAUGGAUGGUCAAAUUCUAUGCUCCUUGGUGUCCAGCAUGUAAGAAUAUCGCUUCGACUUGGGAUGAAUUCUCAACGUGGUCAGAUGAUUUGGGGAUAAAGACAGCUAAGAUUGAUGUUACAACUUCCCCGGGUCUCAGUGGGAGGUUCUUUGUCACAGCCCUACCAACUAUUUUCCAUGUUAUUAAUGGAGAAUUCCGGCAGUAUCGCGGUACAAAGGAUCUCAACACCCUCAUGUCGUUCAUUGAGGAGAAGAAAUGGCAAGCUUUGGAGCCUGUUUCGGCGUGGAAGAGACCAGAUUCCAUCCAGAUGUCCAUUGUUUCGUACUUUUUCAAACUUUCUCACUUCUUGAAGGAACUCAAUACAAUGCUCCUGGAGGAAUAUGGUCUUCCAGCGUGGGCGUCUUAUGCCAUCUUUGCCGUUGCCACAAUUCUCAUGGGUGCCAUUUUGGGGCUCCUCCUUGUCUGUGUGAUUGACUGCCUUUUCCCACCAAAGCACCUUCAGCGUACGAGCUUCUCCGAGAGUCAAGGUCAGGGACGCGAUCAAGGUUCUGGGGAUGAUAUUCGCGGCGAUGAGCUGGAAGAUGAAGAAAUCUCAUCGGGAUCGGAUAAGGAAAAGUAUUCCGGAACUGAUACGGAUGAUGAACGAGCGGAGGAGAAAGCCUCCCCACCGCCAUCACCACGCAAGGGGACACCCAAAGGGGGUAGCCCCACAUCCAGCCCAGAUGUCAGGAAGCGAAAGGCACGCAAGGCUGAAUAAAAUGCCCGAAGGAAAAACCAUUUGCAAAAGAAAAUUCCAAAAUGAUGAUAAAAAAGGAAUCAAAGGAUGAAAAAUUUUUUUGUGACUUCAAAAGACUUGUACGCGCCCCCGAAUAAACUAAAUCGUAUUGUAUAUAAAUCAAUAAUUAAUUGAUGGAUUACUGUUGAAGAAAAAAAAAUGCAUUUAAUUAGCGAGAACGGGGGAUUUUAUAAGAUCUGUUUCAAGAAUUAAUUUCUCGCAUUUAUAAGCACAUUUUGGCGCACAAAUAACCCAGUAAAAUGUAGUAUUUUAUUUAAAAUAAUGUUUCCAAAAGCAUUUUCAGUACGGAGAUUUUUUUUUUCAAAAUGGCGUACUCGAAGCCAUUAACGCCGGAGGCCUAUCUUCGUCGAUAUUUAAAAGAGAAAUGAAAAGUUAAUUGAACUAAUACGUAGUUUGUAAGCGUUUUAUGUCAAAAUUUUUGCUUUAUAAAUAAAAAAGAAUAAUUUUAAA